CAUCCGCAGCUUAUAGCAGGGUGCAGCGGCCGGCCAGUGCUGAGCGCUGACGCGACCGCUGCGUCCGAGCUUGCGUUACACGCCCGCGAAUGUAUCCGGUCCUCUUGUCCAGACUCAAAGAAAGACUUUUUUUCUUCCUUUCGAGAAUGUUUUUUUUCCCUCUGUAGUAGUAGCAGUUGUUGUUGUUUGUUUGAUGGAGGAUUUGGUGGCUACACACCAUAACUUUGCUGUGGACUUGUGCAACGCUACAGACAAAGCGAGUGUGGAGCGACCAACCGUGGCCCCUCCGGACCGGAGCAAAGCACACAGACUGCCUCGUGCACCCCGUGGAUGAGCUCCACGCUGUUUCGUAGAACUCUCUAUCUCUUCUAGUACGUGGAGCCGUGGACUUGCCCAGAACUUGUCAGCGAGCGAGCGAGGAACGGGAUGUGCAAGUACCCUCCGGUCCGAGCCUGAGCGUCGUCGGAGUUGACGGGCGCGGGGUAAAGCGGGUGGACUGUGAAGCUUCACCCUCGGUCAGGCCCCCGCGCGUUCCCACCACGCGCGCGAGUCGCGAGAAGCAGAGUCCAUGUCCAUGCCCAUUCGGCCGGUCGUUCACACACACCGCAUUCACGCACGAGCGCGUGGCCGCGGGAGAAGCAGAGACUUGCUUCCCACGCCUUUUCCUUUUGGCCUCCGUAUCCAUCGGUAUCUCUAAUUUCCCCCGCGCGCCGCGCUUUUGCCACACGCCAAACACCUUCCAUGUUCUAAACUUGCAGUCCUUCCUAAUCCCAAGAACAAGCAAUAGCAUCCCCCAUCCCCCCUAUAUAUAAACAAACGCACCUGGCACCCGCCACAAAAAGGACUCAGCAACGCAAGGCCAGCUCGAGACAAGUCAGGGCCAACAGAAACAACCACCACCACAGCAGCACGCGAGAAACAAACAAGAAGAGCAAGCAAGCAAGCAGAUCGCAACAACCGCGCGCGGCAUGGCGAUGGCCGUGAGCGGGAGGUGGACGCGGGUGAGGACGCUGGGCCGCGGCGCGUCGGGCGCGGAGGUGUUCCUGGCCGCCGACCAGGCGUCGGGGGAUCUGUUCGCGGUCAAGUGCGCGCCGGCGGCGGCGGGCGCGGAGCUGCUGCGGCGGGAGCGCGCGCUCAUGGCGGGCCUCCGCUCGCCGCACGUCGUCCCAUGCAUCGGCGGCCGCGCGGGGCGCGACGGCUCGUACCAGCUCUUCCUCGAGUACGCGCCCGGCGGGUCGCUGGCCGACGUGGCCGCGGCCCGGAGCGGCGGGCGGCUCGAGGAGCGCGCCGUCGCGGCGUACGCGGCCGACGUGGCCGCGGGGCUCGCGUACGUCCACGCCGCCGGCCUCGUGCACGGCGACGUCAAGCCGCGGAACGUGGUCGUCGGCGCCGACGGCCGCGCCAAGCUCGCCGACUUCGGGUGCGCGAGGAGGGCCGCGGACGACGACGCCGCGCUGCCGAUCGGCGGCACGCCGGCGUUCAUGGCGCCGGAGGUGGCGCGCGCGGAGGCGCAGGGCCCGCCUGCCGACGUCUGGGCGCUGGGCUGCACCGUCCUCGCGAUGGCCACCGGCCGCGCGCCGUGGGCCGCCGCCGCCGGCGACGUGCUUGCCGCGGUGCGCCUCAUCGGGUACACGGACGCCGUCCCCGAGGUGCCCCAGUGGCUGUCCGCCGAGGCCAAGGACUUCCUGGGCCGGUGCCUGGCGCGGCGCCCCGGCGACCGGUCCACGGCGGCGCAGCUGCUCGAGCACCCGUUCGUCGCCUCCAAGAGCACGCUGGACCUGGACGGCGCCAAGGGCACGUGGGUGUCGCCAAAGAGCACGCUGGACGCGGCAUUCUGGGAGUCCGAGAGCGACAGCGACAGCGACGACGACCACCGCCACCACCACGACGUCGACGUCGACGCGGUGUCGGCACAGAGCACCGCCGACAGGAUCGGCGCGUUGGCCUGCCCUGCUUCGGCGCUGCCGGACUGGUGGGACUCCGACGAGGGCUGGAUCGACGUGCUCUCCGCACCAGCCGAAGCAUCGUCCGACGCGACGGUGGACGAGGGCCCUUGCGUCGGCGACGGCGGUGCCGGAACAGAGGAAGAAGAGAGGGCAGACCAGGCCGCCGAGCCCCUCGACACGGACGCCGACGGCGCCCACAAUGCAGGAGAAGCUGACGCUAGCCCGCCUGAUCGCGAGUGGCAUCUCCGUGUGAGUUCACCCUGUGAUGGUGAAAUGCAAUGUACUAGAUUGUUGUGUGACACAAACAACAAUGCAAUGGAUUUCCUUCUUUCCACCACCCCAAAUUUGCCCUGUUUAUCGGUCGGCUUCAUGGAUUUCAAGAAUCUCUGUUCUUUCCUUUCCUCCCAUUCUGUUUCUGGCAUAGGAUCGCCGAGUCGAACAUUCUCGUUAGCUGCUACGAAUUCACACACGUAA